CUCUGCUGUGUUUCGAAACGGAAGCCUCAUCCCUAACUCACGAAAGACUUCAGGCUGUCUGUCAAAACAGCGGACGGACCUCGUCUGGCGAUUGAUUUGAUUUGAAUAUUGGCGCGAUAGCAUGCGGAUAUUUCGGUGCUCCACACUCCACAACCCCGAUACCAAAAGAGAUCAGGCAAACGCACAAACGCAACAAAGGUACUAGCUAGUACUAGUAGUCGCUGGCCGCCUUCCACAUCAGCUUGUCAACCAUGAGAAACGUGUCAAGAUCAUGCAUGGCGCUUCUUCUUUUGGCGUUUGCCGCAAACUGGAUGUUAAUGUUACGGCCGACACCCCCUCCAGGAGAAACCAAAGCUCAAGCGGACAUCCAAGUCCAUGACAUCCAAGGUUGCCUUGGUGGCAACCGGACAUCUAAAGAUGCCAUUGUCAUGAUGAUUCAGAAGCACCAUAGCACCUACGGUGGCCACACUGUUGACAUUAGUGGUCCACUGCUCUCUCUGAAGAAAGCCUACCCACAGGUCCACAAGGCAGAUAUCUUGCUGUGGCACGAAGGUGACUUCACCUGGAAUGAUAUACCUACAGAUAAAUUCAAGGGCAUGAAUGUGAGACUCUGCAAUUUGAACCAUGCUGAAGGGGUUUGGGGUCCUCGUCCCAAUGCUUCUGUGCCAAAUAUGCAAUUCUCAGUGGGAUACCGAAAUAUGAUCAGAUUCUAUGCUGUUACCAUUUGGAAUGUUUUGUCUGAUUUGGGGUAUGAAUAUGUCAUGAGGCUUGAUGAUGACUCCAACUUUAUGUCACCCAUCCAAUACAACCUGUUUGAUGCAUUGCGUAGCCAGGAUGCUGUGUACGGUUACAGGCAGGAAUCACGAGAGUGCGACAAUGGGGGUUUUGGGGGCUUUGUGGAUCAAUAUGUCACAAGCAAUCAAAUAGUACCAAAAUUUGGUGCUUUGGAUGAACCAUACUGCAACCAGAUGGGCCAGUAUGGGUACUACAGCAACUUUUUUGUAUCUCGCAUUGCCUGGUGGCAACAACCGCAAGUGGCACACUUCAUCCAGACAUUUGACGAGUCAAAUCUCAUCUAUAAAAAACGGUGUGGUGACCUAGUUUUCCAGACAGCUGCUCUCAAGCUGUUUGCCAAACCAAGAGAAGUAUUGAAAUAUGUGGACUGGUCAUAUGCCCAUGUGACAGUCAAUAAUGGCGACUGGGCUUGGGGUGGCGUCUCUUUUGGCACCGAAGAUCCCAGGAGAAAUACACGCCAAAAGAUGAAGGCAUUUCAAAAAUGGAUGGCUGACCGUUGGGGUAUUGAGGGGCCUCAGGAUGCCAGCCUUCUUUCUGUUGAUUGCAAUGUAACCAAUCGUCUUUGUGGUGUUUCAAGUUGUAGAAAAUCUGGAGAGCAUGGGAUAGAGUUACUGAUGGGUAGGAACACCGCGGGGUAUUGGUGGAAUGCUCCAUCACUGAGCCAGUGCAUGAAAGAACCAUCAUGAAAUGAAUAGGUGAGCAACGUAAAUAAUAAAUUCGAAUUAGCUGCAUUUCAAUUCCAUC